CCGAGCGGCCCAUCGGGAAUGUUCGGCAGCCAACACGGUAACCAAAGAGAAAAAGAAAGAAGGGCAGACGCAGGAGCAGAAAAGCGAACGGGAAUCCAAACGAGAGCUCAGAUCUGCAUAACACAAAUAUUCACAGCACCAAUCAUGCCUACCGGCUUCGUGUUCUACUCUGGAUCGUUUUCCAUUUCGUUUGAUUCUGAGCGAGGAUUUUCAAGCAACCCGACCCCUCCUAAACCACCAAGUCGGAACGGUAUGGUGGCUUCUGAAGAAACUGUCAUGAAUUAUCUUACUGAAUAUGGAGUUAAUAAUAUCAAAAGUGUUAAGCUUGUUGAGCCCAAAUUCCCCAAGAACUCAUAUGCAAGGCAAUGCAAUAAUCUGCUAGAGCUUUUUGCAGAGCGUAUGGUCGAGGAGAAUGUAUUUGGUGCUCAAAGCUACCGCGAGGCUCUGCUGAAGUAUUGUGGAGUUGAUAUUGAGUACUAGUCAUUUUAAUUACUAAUCAUAAUCAUGUAUUUAUGCAUUGCCCAUCAAACGUGCUAUAUCCCCAUAAUAGAGCACCCGAUGAAUGUAAUCUUUCGUGUUAUAUCAAUGACGAUGGUAAAUAUAUUGUGUACAGCAAU